AUAUUUUUGUCUUCUCGCCAUUAAAUCGAGUUAAGGAGGUAAUCGUCAUCUUUGCAGCAUGAAUAGAGAAUGGUUUAUGUACAAACCGGUCCACAGGGGAAACGAGUGUAUAGCUCAUAUGCAUGCAUUCCCUUUGUGUAGUAAGAUAAGACAACUUAAUAUCGCUAUCUGCCAGCCUUUUUAUCCAUAUCAGUUUUUGUGACAAAACCAUUGGUAGAGGUGAAAAUGUGAUGGAACUCAAUUUAGAUUUUUUUAUUGCAUACAUGGGAACUUAACCACAAAAGUGUGUAUGUAUUUAUUUAUUUAUUAUAAUAUUUUUUUGUAAUUAUUAUAAUAAAAUAAAAAUGCUCUUACUGCACCUGGUAUUCCCAUGUGGUCAUCGUACCAGUACUAACAUGUUUUUUUUAACCCGUUUUCUCCCCGAAUUUGAUCCCUUUGCUCAUCUCUGCAACUCCUGAAUGGGCCCGGGGAGGUGAACGUCGAGCCAUGUGUCCAUCGAAACAUGACCCACCUGGUCGCCUACUUCUUAUCACACUGCUCGCUUCAGCCGCACCAAUGUGUCAGAGGAAACACAGUUCAACUGACGACCGGAGUCAGCUUGUAGGCGCCGGCCCUGUCACAAGGAGUCGCUAGAGCAUGAUGAGCCAACAAAAGCCCCACCGGUCAAACCAUUCACUACCCCGGACGGUAAAAGCUAAACUAUGUGGCUGCCUGUUGGCUCUGGGUCUUGGAGUAGGCCUCUCCCAGUACCCGUCUAAAAGUCACACAAAGCAUCACAUCCAGCAGGGCAGGUCAACCAUAGUCCACCUGUUUGAGUGGCGCUGGAAUGACAUAGCUGAAGAGUGUGAGCGAUAUCUGGGACCCAAUGGAUUUGAUGGAGUGCAGAUCUCCCCUCCCAGUGAGAACGUGGUGGUGACUAAACCAUGGAGACCGUGGUGGGAGAGGUACCAGCCAGUCAGCUACAACCUCUGUUCCCGCUCUGGAACCCAACAGGAGCUCCGAGACAUGGUCUGCAGGUGCAACAAUGUCGGGGUGAAGAUCUAUGCAGACGUGGUCAUUAAUCACAUGUGUAUGUCUGGCGCGGGCGAGGGGGAGGGCAGACACCGUUCGACCUGUGGCUCAUACUUCAAUGCCAGCAAGAGGGAGUUCCCAUCUGUGCCCUACUCCGCUUCCCACUUCAACGAUGACAAAUGCACCACCAGCAGCAGAAAUAUUGAGACUUACCAAGACAUUUAUCAGGUGCGUAACUGUCGUCUGCUAGGUCUUCUGGAUCUGGCGCAGGACAAGGAGCAUGUGAGGGAGAGGAUAGUGGACUACAUGAACAGACUGGUGGAUAUGGGUAUAGCAGGUUUCAGGGUGGACGCAGGUAAACACAUGUGGCCUGAGGACCUGAAGAACAUCUACAGCAGACUUCACAACCUCAACACCACCUGGUUCACACAGGGAUCCAGACCACUCAUUUACCAAGAGGUUAUCGACCUCGGUGGCGAGCCGAUAAAAGCGACAGAAUACUCUGGACUGGGCCUUGUCACAGAGUUCAAGUAUGGUACUAUGCUGGGUUCUGUCAUCCGCAAGUGGAACCAAGGGAAACUCUCUGACCUCAAGACGUGUGGUGAGAGCUGGGAUCUGCUGCCCUCAGGCGAGGCAUUGGUGUUUGUGGAUAACCAUGACAACCAGAGAGGGCACGGUGCAGGAGGGGCCUCCAUCCUCACCUUCUGGGAGCCCAGAAUGUAUAAAAUGGCUGUGGCUUUCAUGCUGGCCCAUCCCUAUGGAGUUACGAGAGUGAUGUCAAGCUACCGGUGGGAUCAACAUGUUGUGGAUGGGAAGGACCAGAAUGAUUGGAUAGGUCCUCCCAGCUUCCCUGACGGCUCCACCAAGCCUGUCCCCAUACAGCCAGACGGCAGCUGUGGGGAGGGCUGGGUGUGUGAACACAGAUGGCCCACAAUCAGAAAUAUGGUGAUGUUCCGUAAUGUUGUCGAUGGAGAGCCCUUGUCUAACUGGUGGGACAAUGGGGGUAACCAGAUAGCUUUUGGACGAGGCAACCAAGGCUUCAUAGUUAUCAACAAUGAUAACUGUUCCCUGGAUGUGACGCUGUACACCGGCCUUCAUAGAGGAACCUACUGUGAUGUCAUCUCCGGUCAGAGGUCAGGGGGGCGUUGCUCGGGGAAACAGGUGACCGUUGGAGGGGACGGGAGAGCACACUUCACCAUCAGCGCCUCUGACCCGGACCCUGUCAUAGCCAUUCACACGCACUCUAAGCUAGAGUAGGAGCUAAUAACACUGCGCUUUAUACCACACUGUGAUAUUAUAUUUUGUGUGUCAUUACUGUAUUUCAAGUGGUCUUUCUGUCGAGGUUUGGAAAGAUGAUUAAGAAAUAAGGCACGAAGGGGUGUGGUAUAUGGCCAACAUGUGGUAUAUUGGCCGUAUACCACAAACCCCCAAGGUGCCUUAUUGCUAUUGUAAACUGGUUACCAAUGUAAUUAGAGCAGUAAAAAUGCAAUGUUGUCAUACCCAUGGUAUACGGUCUGAUAUACCACGGCUGUCAGCCAAUCAGUAUUCAAGGCUUGAACCGCCUGGAUUAUACUACAGUGGUGUACUGAGAUACAGAAAUGUCAUGUGUUAUUAUGGCUCAUAUCAAUUUGGGUCGUGAAAUGCAAACAGCAGCUGUGUAAAAACAUCAUCAAUGUUAAUUUCAUGUCAGAUGUGAUCAUGCACUAUAGAUUCUGCAUGACUCUUCAUAUGUAGCGCUAAUAUACAUACAUUUACAUUCAUUAUAUACUGUAUGUAUGUGUUGUCAUUUGUCAAAUACAAUUAAAUGUCCAGUUGGAAAUAUA